GCGGCGGCGGCGGCGGCGGGGCGCGGGGCCCGGUAGCGGCGCCAUGGCGGGCGCGGCGGCGGCGGCGCAGCACAGCGUGCGCGUGCUGCGGGAGCUGAACCGGCAGCGCGCGGCGGGGCAGUUCUGCGACGCGACGCUGGGCGUGGGCGGGCGCGAGUUCCGCGCCCACUGGCCGGUGCUGGCCAGCUGCUCGCGCUUCUUCCGCGCCCGCGGCGGCGGCGGGGGGCGCGUGGCGCUGCCCGAGGGCCUGGCCGACACCUUCCAGCUGCUGCUCGACUUCUUCUACACCGGCCGCCUGGCGCUCACGGCGCACAACCGCGCCCGCCUGCUGGCCGCCGCCGAGCAGCUCGGCGUGCCCGACGCCGUGGCGCUCUGCCGCGCCUUCCGCCCCGCCGCCGCCGCCGCCGCGGGCGCCCGCCGCCGGCCCCGCCGCGGCGCCCCCCCCGCGGCGCCCCCGGAGCCCGCCGCCGGCCACGGGGACGGGGAUGGCGGCGGCGAGGCGGGGGCUGCGCAGGCCGCCCGCCCGGCCCUGGAGGCGGCGGCGGGCGAAGGCGGGCAGGGGGACAGCGACGCCGACUACGUGCCCGAGAAAAAGCCCCUGAGGACCAAAAAGAAACCAAACUCGGGGAAAAAACCCGGCAGUUCCGAGGCGGCAGGGAAGCCGGAACUGCCGGAGGCUGGGACGCCGGGGAACAGAAAAGGUACAGCUGUGCCGGUUGAAUGCCCCACAUGUCAUAAAACGUUCCUCAGCAAAUAUUAUCUAAAAGUACACAACAGGAAACACACUGGAGAAAAGCCAUUUGAAUGUUCCAAAUGUGGUAAAUGUUAUUUUAGAAAAGAGAAUCUGCUGGAACACGAAGCUAGGAAUUGCAUGAACCGAUCUGAGCAGGUUUUCACGUGUUCCGUCUGCCAAGAGGUAUUUAAGAGGCGAAUGGAACUGCGGCUGCACAUGGUGUCGCACACGGGGGAAAUGCCGUAUAAGUGCUCCUCCUGUGCGCAGCAGUUUAUGCAGAAGAAGGACCUGCAGAGUCAUAUGAUAAAGUUGCACGGUGCACCAAAACCACACGCGUGCUCGACCUGCUCCAAGUGCUUUCUGUCUCGGACAGAGCUGCGCCUGCACGAGGCGUUCAAGCACCGGGGAGAGAAGCUGUUUGUCUGCGAAGAGUGCGGGCACAGAGCCUCAAGUCGCAACGGCUUGCAGAUGCACAUCAAGGCUAAGCACAGAAAUGAGCGGCCCUACGUCUGCGAGUUCUGCCACCACGCCUUCACCCAGAAAGCCAACCUCAACAUGCACCUGCGCACGCACACCGGCGAGAAGCCGUUCCAGUGUCACCUCUGCGGCAAGACUUUCAGGACGCAAGCAAGCCUGGACAAGCACAACCGGACGCACACCGGGGAGCGGCCCUUCAGCUGCGAGUUCUGCGAUCAGAGGUUCACGGAGAAGGGGCCCCUCCUGAGGCACAUCGCCAGCAGACAUCAGGAAGGGAGACCCCACUUCUGCCAGAUCUGUGGGAAGACAUUCAAAGCUGUUGAGCAGCUGCGUGUCCACGUUCGCAGACACAAGGGAGUGAGGAAGUUCGAAUGCACUGAAUGUGGCUACAAGUUUACGCGACAGGCUCACCUGAGGCGCCACAUGGAGAUUCACGACCGGGUUGAGAACUACAAUCCGCGGCAGCGGAAGCUGCGAAACCUGAUCAUCGAGGACGAGAAGGCCGUGGUGGUGGCACUGCAGCCGCCCCAGGAGCUGGAGGUGGGCUCGGCCGAGGUCAUCGUGGAGUCCCUGUCCCACGGCUCCCUGGCCGAGGAGAUCCCUGUGCAGAGACUCUGUUCAAACGAGAACUUCUCUACAGCGGAUGUUAUCGAACAAUCGCUUAUUAUAACAACAACAAUUCCUGAAGACUGUGAAACAUAACGUGACUCUUUGUACACAUCCUUCCUACCAAAACACAAUAAAGCGCGAGGCUGGAAUGACUCUUUGCUACGCUCGUUCUUUUCAGCCCUCGGAAGCGCUGAGUUGCAGCGAUCCCCCUGAUCAGGUUGCAGGGAAGGUCUCCAAUGAAGUUAUAAUCAGGUAUCAAAGGAAGAAACAAUUACAAAGCUACUAAGAAUUAUGACUUAAGCUAAAUGUAUGUGCGUUGUAUGAGACUGGAUGUGACUGAUGACUCCAUAUAUGUAAUACUGUGAAUUGCUUUUUAGUAAGCUGUCCUCUGUGACCCGGAGGGAGGGAUGGAUGGAUCACCUCUGAUUUUUUUCAGAUUGCUAGUUCUUACUUUGCUCAGUUAGCUCUAAAUUUGAGUCUGGAAACUUGUGAUUAAAGCAUACCUUCCCAGAA